AUGGUGUUUGUUCAAGUGAGGGUGGAGCCGAUGAUGGCAGACGCCAGAGUGUUUCUGGUUGCUGGGGCUCUACUCUGCUUCGGUGGGAGCCUUGUCUCCGUCUAUGUUGCCGUCACACACGAUCCGAACCGGAAGGAGGAUCGGGCUUUGCUCAAGCGAGGCGAGUACCUCGCGGGCGGCAGCGUAGUUGGCGCGCUGGUCAUGAUGUACCUGAUCAUGCGUAGAUGA